AUGGCCCCACCCAAAGGAGAAGAUUCCAGCGACCGUCAUCACUAUGACGAUGUGGAAUUGGCCAGCUUGGAUGGAUCUCCCAAAGCACGGCACAAUGCCCUGUCCUCUGCCAAAUUGCAACAAGACCACGGUCACCUGAUAUCACCUCCCACGCUACUACACUCCAAGAAUCCUCCCGUCCCAUCCCCCACCAAAGCCAGCAAUACCACCAAUACUAGCAGCAACCACAGCAGCAUGAGCGCGAGUAGUCUGCAAGGCAAGGCCGUUUCGGCGUGCUUGCUGUAUAGUUUCUGCAGUGUUUCCAUGGUGCUCACCAAUAAGAGUCUGGCAUCCAGUUACAGCGACAAAACACCCAUCGAUUUGAAUAUUUUACUGGUUGUCUUUCAGGCACUAUUUGCCGUUUUUUGCGUCGAUUUCUCCAAACGAAUGGGAUGGGUAGAAUAUCCCGAGCUGACGGUAGAAACCAUCAAACUAUGGGUACCCGUCAAUCUCUUUUUUUGUGCCAUGCUCUUUACGGGAAUGGCAUCCUUGCAACACAACUCGGUACCCAUGGUCACCAUCUUCAAGAAUAUUACCAAUAUCAUGGUCGCCGCAGGAGAUUUGACCUUUUUUGGUGCCUCUGUUGAAGCACUCGUCAUUGCAUCCUUUGCCGUCACACUCAGUGGAGCCAUUGCGGCGGCAUGGAAUGAUAUCUCCUCCAGUUGGAUGGGACUCUUCUGGAUGUCGGCCAAUUGCGUGUCGUCGGCAGGAUACGUCCUCUACAUGAAAUACGCCACCAAACACAUCAAACUGUCCAAAUUCGGAAUGGUGUUUGUCAACAAUCUUCUCUGUGCCGUCUUUCUAUUUCCAGUCUCCAUGAUGAAGGGAGAAGUUGUCAUCUUUUUCUCCACCGGGGCCCUCCAUACCUUGGAUUACUUUGGCAAGAAUUGUGUGGCAGGAUUCAUGGGAUUCUUUCUCAACUUUGCCGCACUCAACUGUGUCCAAACCACGGGCCCUACCACCUAUGCCGUCGUCGGAUCACUCAACAAGAUUCCCGUGGCAUUGCUCGGAUAUCUCAUGUUUGACAGUGAGAUCUCGCAACAAACAUGGUUCUUUAUCUGUGUCAGUCUCUGUGGAGGAUUCCUCUACUCGUAUGCCAAAAUCCGACAAGCAGGCCACAAGACGGCACAGGGAAGCAAGUAA